AUGGCACGCUUCACCUGGGUACCGGGGUCGUUUACUACCAUCACCGUGAUCAUGUCGAUUUUUGUGUUGUUUAAUAAUUUGUGGUCGUCCUUGUUUGUUUAUGCGAUUGUCGAUGAUUCAAGCACUAUUAUUCUCCGUCCUCCACAUGCAGGUAGCAAUCGUCACACAAUGUUUCUACCUCUUUUCCCUUCUCCUCCUAACUCCUCCCGGGUCUCCUCGUUCUUCGGUGACGGAAGGUCUCGACGUCACCUCCAGAAAUCCGAUACUCGUCGUCCAAACGCGCGGAUGGCUCUCCAUGAUGAUCUCCUCGUCAAUGGGUAUUACACGACUAGGUUGUGGAUUGGAUCUCCACCCCAGAAGUUUGCUCUUAUAGUUGACACAGGGAGUACUGUUACUUAUGUUCCAUGUUCUAACUGUGAAAAAUGUGGCGAUCAUCAGGACCCAAAGUUUGAUCCGAAGAAGUCCAGCACGUACAAAGCAUUGAAAUGUAAUAGUGAUUGCAUGUGUGACGAGCACAAGAAGCAUUGUGUGUAUGAAAGGCAAUAUGCUGAAAUGAGUUCUAGCAGUGGUGUAGUUGGUGAGGAUAUCAUAUCUUUUGGUAACCAAAGUGAACUUUCACCUCAGCGUGCCACUUUUGGUUGUGAAAAUAUCGAAACGGGCGAUCUUUACAGUCAACAUGCCGAUGGGAUAAUGGGUUUGGGUGGUGGUGAUCUUAGUUUAGUUGAUCAACUUGUUGAUAAAGGUGUAAUAAGCAAUUCAUUUUCGUUGUGCUAUGGUGGGAUGGAUGUUGGUGGUGGUGCCAUGGUUCUUGGUGGUGUUUCUCCCCCCUCAGGGACGAUCUAUGCCUACUCAGACCCUGUACGCAGCCCAUAUUACAAUGUUGAGCUGAAGGAGUUGCAUGUUGCCGGGAAGAAGUUACCUAUAAGUCCGAGUGUUUUUGAUGGAAAGCAUGGAACAGUCCUAGAUAGUGGAACAACAUAUGCGUACCUACCUGAAGAAGCUUAUCUUGCAUUUAAGCAUGCUCUCAUGAAAGAACUCAAAUCUCUCAAACGGAUCGAUGGUCCUGAUACAAAUUAUCUUGACAUUUGCUUCUCUGGUGCUUCAAACGAUGUUUCAGAACUUUGGAAAUCCUUCCCGUCGGUUGAAAUGGUUUUUGGGAAAGGACAAAAGCUAUCAUUAUCCCCUGAGAACUAUUUGUUUAGGCACUCAAAGGUGCGUGGUGCAUAUUGCCUGGGGAUUUUUGAGAACAUGAAGGAUCCAACAACUCUUUUAGGAGGCAUCAUUGCUCGCAAUAUUUUUGUUAUGUAUGAUCGUGAACAUGACAAGAUAGGAUUUUGGAAAACUAAUUGUUCUGAUUUAUGGGCAAGACUUCAUGCUUCUGGUGAAGAUACAUCUCCUUCUUCGUCUCCUUCUAAGUCUCCUUUUCCGUCUCCUUCUUCUUCUUCUCCUUCUUCCUCUCCUUCUUCGUCUCCUUCCCCAUCAGAAGGAUCACAUUCAAAUGAAGAUACAUCUCCUCCUUCGUCUCCAAUGGGGACACCAGAUAAUAUCACUCCAGGAAAGGAGUCUUGUCUGAAGCCGUUUCCAGAACCCCAACAGCCUUUGUCGAAACCCCAACAGCCUUUGUCGAAACCCCAGCAGGCUUUGUCUGAUUCCCAACUGCCAUCGCCAAGUUGUGCUGGAAACCUAGUUACCACCGUCGGAACAAGCAGCCAGUCGCCUAACCAAGUCACAACUGCCACCAUAACAAACAACUACUACAUUGAGAUAUUAAUUAGAGUGAACUACUGCCAUAUUAUGUUGUUGCAACAGUUCAUGCAAGCAGUUCAAACAAGUUUAGGGAGAGUCGGUGUAAGUGAUAUAGUAGAUUGGUCAUAUCUGGGUGGGUUUGUGGAUGUACUUGUGGUCAUUGAACUAGAUAAACAUGUUUUGGUUGUUUGUGAUCGUAGUGACAUAUUUGAUACUGUUGUCUAUGGGGUUGACUACGAUGGGACCUUCUCUCCAAUGUCAUCUGCUUUCAUUUGUAUAACGCUUCUUAUGUUUCUUCCUGCAUCAAACAUCACAUUUUGUUCUUAUUUUGUUUGUCUUCCAGAAGAAGAAUCAAAAGUUGGAAGCAUAAUAUUUUAUAUGUCACUGAAUGUUAACCACUCUACUUUGGAACCCCGCAUCGUGGAGCUUGUUCGAUUAAUUGCCAAGGGUUUGCAAGUUAACACUUCACAGGUUGAGCUAUUAGAUUUCACAUCCAAGGGAAAUAUUUCUCUUACAAUAUGGUCCAUUGUUCCACCAAAACCUGAUGAAUAUAUGUCUAAAGCCACUGCAUCUGCUAUUAUUACUCGGAUAGCGGAAGGUGACAUACACCUUCCAAAAAGCUUUGGGAAAUAUCAUAUAUCCAAUUGGUUUACUGACUCCGAACCAAAUAGAACAUGGUGGGAGAAGUACUCAGUUGUGGUGAUAGUCCUGAUGGUGGCAUCAUUUUUGGGAUUGGGGGCCGUUGUGGCAUGGUGGCGUUGGAGACAACUUGGUAAUAUUCCGUACAGGCCCGUUGAUUCAGGUUUGGCUGAGGCAGAACUUGAACCACUUUGAAACAAACAAACUACAACUGCCAACAAGAACUUGAAGUUUGGGCUGCACAUACUCAAAACCAAUGAAUUGGAUCAAUCAUAAAACGGGUUUGCAAAGGCAAACUUAUAUAAGAAAUGUUGUAGCUUUCCACGAUAAAUUAAAAGCUUGGCCUUUAGUUGAUGGCCAAAUUUACACCCUUUUUUCUUUGUCACUAUAAAACAAGAAUUCCCAUUUACUUGUUUUGGCUUAUCUC